CUCCGACCAGAAGUAAAGUCACCCACAGAACACACAAACCAAACAUUUAUCUCUCUCUCUCUCUCUCUCUCUCCGGCGAUGUCCCUACCCGCCCCGCCAUUAUUAGCCCUCAUCUGCUUCUUCACCGUACUCUCACCCGUCUCACCCCACCCGUCCCAUAACUCCGACCCUGACCCGCUCUCCGUCCAGCCAUUCCGAGUCAACUCUUCGCCGCCGGCGACCAUCCCCGCCUUCCCGGAGCAAUCCGACUUCUCCGGGUGCCCUCUCGAUCUCCCCGACGAGCUCCUCCACAGCAUCGCCUCUUCCUGCGGCGGCGGAGGACGGCGGCAGCUCAGCCGCGGUCGCUGCUGCCCGGUGCUGGGCGCGUGGCUCUACGCGGCGUACUCCGCCACCGCCCUCGGCCGAGGAACCGCCGGACGCAACGUCUCCUCCGCCGAUGACUUGCCGGUGCUUCCCGACGACUCGGAGACGUGCGUGGAUGGGCUCGGGAAGGCGAUGCGGCGGAGAGGGAUCGAGCUGGCGAGGCCGAACGAGACGUGCGACGUCGUUUCGUGCUACUGCGGCAUCAGGCUGCAUCCGCUGAGCUGUCCCGAGGCUUUCGAGGUGAACGAGGAAGGGAAGCUCGUCGGAAACGAUCAUGUCGAGAGAUUGGAGAAGGAUUGUCUGAGCAGCGACGACAAUGUGGAUGAGUUCCCUGGUCUCGGUGGCUGCAACAAGUGCCUGAACAGCCUCUACAAGCUGAACCCUAAAAAGGAACCUUCGAGCGCAAGCAACCCGUCGAAGGAAGACGAAACCCGAACGGCCAAAAUGCACAACAAAGACUGCGAGCUGAUGGGUCUGACCUGGCUUCUGGCCAAGAACCGCAAGGCCUACAUCGGCACUGUCACCUCCGUCCUCCGAGCCAUCAUGCUCAACGGCGGCUCGGACACCUCCGCUGGGCCACGCUCAUGCGCUCUUUCCAGCGACGGCAUGCCCUUGGCGGUGGACUCGUCUGAAUUCUCGGACCACUCAUCCACCGCGGCAUUUCCACUCCAUGUGCUCUUCUUCUUCUCGCUCUCUGCCGUCUUAUUAAGCUGUGGACAUCUCCUCUGAUGUCGUUUGGGUCGAGAGGGGAUCUUGAGGCCAUGUUGGGUCUCUGGUAUUGAGAGAGAGUGAGAGAGUAAGUGUUUUGAGCUGUUUCUGUCUGCAUGUAAAUUGGUCUUCUGAUGUAACAUUCAAUCAAAAGUUAGCCCAUUUUGUUAGUU